AUGUCAUCAAACAAUAACAACAGAUCAACUAUUCCUGGAGGUGCAGGCUCAAAUGGAUCUCGACAAUCCCUCCCUCCCACGUUUUUGGUUGUAGGCACAGCAGUUAGUGCAAAGUAUCGAGGUGCCUUUUGCGAAGCAUUGGUGGAUCAUGUGGAACUAAGAUUUCGUCUCCGUGUACAACUAAAAUCUAAUAAGUCCAUCGUAUUUGCUGAUGAAACCUCCUUGGUAUCCGGUUCUCCUGUUGCUGGUAGUGAAGUGGUCGUUCAAAUUCCUAACAGUUCGCCUAUACAGAAUGAAGUAGGCGUAGUGAUGCGUGUUACAGAUACCAGCAGUUAUUCCGUUGUAUUCGAUGAUGGUGAUAGGCGAACUUUACGACGUACACAACUUGUUCUCAAAGGUGAACGUCAUUUCAAAGAGAGUGAAAGCUUGGAUUCUUUACCUUUAACAAAUCCAGAACAGUUUAGACAACCGGUUAUAGAUCAACGAAGGAAACAUCGUUCAGGUGAAGAAAGUAAUACAGUGGAUGCUAAUGUUGCUGAAACUAAAAAAGAAAAUGUCACUGUGAAAAAUGAUACCAAGGUGUCUAAUCAGAAUGUAUCCGAUCAUAAUAUAAAACCGGAGAAACCGACGGAAGAUAAUGAUAAGAAUAUUUCAUUGAACGUUAAAAAGGAAGAUGUAAAUUGUUCAGCCAUAACAGAAAUUAGUGUUGGUGAAGAGAAAGCUGAAUUAUGCCAACCUAAAGCUGAAAGUACAUCAGAUGUAGUGGCAACGGAUAUAAAGCAGUUACCUACUGGUUAUUGUCGUUUACUUGGACGUUUAGUUAUCGUAGAUAUGCCACUAACUGCUAAAGAUUGUAUUGGCUCUCCGACACAUGGAUCGUCUACUCCAGUUGUCAAAAGUCCCAGCCUAUCAUCUAGACGCCGAUUCACCCCAGCUAUUGUCGUUUUACCUUCUGCUAUGCCUAGUAUUGAUCUAGGAAAUAUUUCGACCAGCAUCGGAAGUGAUGGCGUUGGUGAGGAUGAUGUUAAAACCCCAUCUUACAAACUCCUGGUUCGUUCAUUUAAGGACAAUAAAUUUUUCGCGGUGUCGGUUGCAUUUGUAAGGCGCCUUAAAAGAUCUGAAGCAGUUGAAAUCGCUCACAGUCACCCAUCUCUUCGUUCAGCUUUCGAACGUGCACUUCUAUGGUUAGACCGAUUUGAAUUACCGACUUCUUGGGGUGAGGAUGCUAUAGAAUUAAUGCUAGGCACAAAGGACUGGCGAUCUUUAAAACGCCGUUGUAAACUAGCAGCAGGUUCAGAGAUUUCAGACUCGACAAUUCUUAGUCCUCCAAACUUAAAGCAUUCACGUGUAUCAUCGCCUUCGUCCUCUGAAGCUUCACCCACUGCGAACAACUGCCGCGAAAAUUUUCAGAAGUCCAGUGGAACACUGUCAGUCAAUAAAUCUGAAAAAGCAGCUCGUAAACGACCCAGACUAUCAGACAAAACUCAAAGUUCUCGAUCAAGCUGUCGAUUGAAAGUGAAACGAUUGAAAACUCAAAUUUUACGUUCAGAUACCACUGGUGACAAUCAGAGUGAUGCAUCUUCUAAUGAACUUUCUAAAUUGUCAACUGCGAAACAUGAAAGCGUAAAGGAAAACAUGACUUCUCAAAAAUCAGAUACAAAAACUGUAACCGCCUAUGAUGGUGAUUCUUCUGAUUCAGCUAGUUCUGAUGAAGCCUCUUCGAAUUCUGUCGAAUCAGACUCUGAUGCCAGAUCAUUAAGUUCACUGGCUAGCUCUAGCACUAAUAAGUCAUCAUCCUCUGUAAGUAGCACUAUUAGUAGUUCAAGUAGCAGCAGUAGCAUUAGUAGUACUACUAGUUGUAGCACUGGCAGUAGUAGUAGCAGUAGUAGUAGUAGUACUAAUAAUAGUACUAGUAGCAGUGUUAACAGUAGUAGCAGUAGUAGUAGUUGUAGUAUUAGUAGUACAACUGCGUCAUGUGCAUCUCCAGAUAGUUCAUCAACUUCAUCAGUAGCUGGAUUUGAAGCACGUGAUAGGUGGAUUGCUCAGUUAUAUCGAUUUAUGGAUGAACGUGGUACUCCAAUCAACAAAGCGCCUAGUUUAGCCAACAAAGAUCUAGAUUUAUAUAGACUGUACCAAUUGGUUCAAAAACUUGGUGGAUUUCUUCGUGUUACUUCUCAACUUAAAUGGGGUUAUGUUUAUUCUAAGAUGGAUUUACCUCAGAAUUUCAGUGCUGGUCCCCGAAAUCUUCAAGCUGCCUUUAAAAAAUAUUUGUAUCCAUGGGACGACAUUACGAAGAAAUUGGGCACAAAUCUUUGUGAGCUUCCAUCUUCUAGACCGAGAUAUGCUUCUUCAGUACAAAACGCAAGUCCUGUUGUUCAAGUUACUGGUUUAACCUCCGCACCUACGACGAAUAGUUCAGCUUCUGUCAGUACUUCUGCAUCUACUAAUGGCGCUAAAGUGCAGUUAGUUUCUUCACGCGAGAAACAAUCCCAAGAUUCUGGUAAUUUAGAAGUGGAUGUGAAGGCUGGUAUUUUGGAUUCGGCUGAAAUAACACAAGCUUCAUCAACAGAAGAAAGCAAAACGACAGCAGUUACCAAUACUACUAGCACCACCACCACCACUGCCCCCAGUAAAACGCGAGCUUCUGAUAAAAAUUGUGCUCUUGACCAACAAUUAGCUCCUUAUCUCAAAGGCGUAGAUGAUGAAUACACCUGUCAAGCUACACCGUUACGAAAGUCUAAUUUAUCAGAUGAUAAGUUGUCUAAGACUGCAUCUGCAACUGACGGUGCAGAUAGGCCUAUUUCUUCAGCUUCAUCAAAUAGUUCAUCAAAAUCUGCAUUUCGUAAAAGGUCAUAUGACAGUACAAUGACAGAUAUCCCACUGAUAAACUUCGGUAGAGAAUGCACUGGUGCUAUGGGAGACCUAUCUAAUCGUAUUAUUCCUGUUCGAUCGCGUGUUCGAGUUCGUUGUGGUGAUCAUGUCGCGUAUGAAGCUAAAGUUUUAAAACAUAUACGUCCUCAACCAAGUAUUUGUAGUCGAAAGACUGCUAGUGCUGGCGAGCCAUCACCAAUACCAACUUCUGCUGCUGCUGCUGUUUGGGCAGGUGUCGGCGAUAUACAAUAUCGUGUGCACUAUAUGGGUUGGAAUACACGACACGAUGAAGUUGUUCCUAGGUCUCGUAUAAUUUCUGUGAUAGAGUGGGGUCGUGGUGUAGAUGAAGGUCGUCCACCAUCUUGUUCUUCUCUCAGUCCAAUUGUUCAUGAACCUCGAAAAGGUAAUACAAUAAAAAUUCGAAAUGAAUCACUUUCAAAAGAUAUUUGCACUAAGUUAUCAAGUUCAACAGGUAUAAAAGUUGAUGAAAAGGAAUCAGCAGAUAAAGAAGCGGUAGAUGAGUCAACUUUAGAAGAUGAUAAUGAACACGAAGAUGAUGACAGUAAUCAAAGUCAAACUACUGAAACAGCAUCUGAUAACAUUACUACAACAGCACCCAUAAUUCGACGUCGUCGAUUAAUGUUUUCAUCACAUAAACCUGGUAGGCAAAUUUCAUCUCGGAAAUCAUCUUCCCUUUCAAAAAGAAGAAAUGAGUCUUGUUCACAGAGAUUAUCGAAAUUACCUCUGUUGUCACGUUUUCAUCUGCCUAAAACGCAUCCACAUGUUAAUAAGACGAAUAUUUCUGAAGAAAACAAACAGUUGAACAAAGAUUCCGUUGUCAAAAAGGCGAAAACAACUUCACGUGAUCGCAAAACCGACCGAAAAUCAGUUAAAAAACAUGAGCCUGUUAAACGCUCACAAUCAAAUCUAUCAUUGAACUCUGAUAUAUCUGGUACAAGCUCUUCGACACCUUCUUCUAAAACACAAAUACAAUCGAAAAAAUUGAAAAUUGAAAAUCUUUUAGAUGAAUCUACUAAUCAAAAAUCCUAUAGUAUAAGUGAAUUCAUUCCAACAGUAGAAAUUAAACGCUUAGUAGCUGAUGCACUAUCGACUACUGACAGUGAACGACGAUCUGUUGACAAUCAUCAAUCCACUAAUAAUGAAUUGCAAACAAAAGCAGCAACAACAACCAGUCAACGUAAAGUUGUCAAUAAAAAAUCACCGCGUAAAGCGUUCACUAGUUCAGAGUCUUCAUCAAAGUUAUCACCGACUCUUAAAUCCAAACUAAUGUCAGUAUCAAGUACAUUCACAGCUAAAAAGUUGGUUUCAAAAUUAACGAAACCUAAAGCUGUUCACAAAGAUUCGAAAAUUUCUCCAAGAAAAGUAAUUAAACAAGAAGAAAGAAUGAGCAGUCGGAACCUAUUUGAGGAUUGUUUUAAUAAGCUGAACAUUACCAGAACAUUACCUUCUACAAUGUCAAAAUCAAUUCAAUUAAAGGAGAAUAAUAAAUUGUCUGUUGUUAUUGAUAAUCUAAGCUCUAGCUGUGCACCAUUGUCAUCACAGACAACAGCAAUGACGUCAACAACGACAACACCAGUAGUGAUUCCUUCAUUUGCCUCCUCAUCUUCAUCGUCAUCAGGUUCCUUUGUGACAACUAGAAACGAAGAUGUGGACAAAUACAGCCUAUUGAGAGAAAGUAGGUCUGAAGAAAGUUCUAUUAAACAAAGUUUAUUCAAAAAGAAAGAGACUAAAACUACUUCACAUCCUACAAAGAAACUGACUACAACAACAACAACUACGACUACUUCUAUCACCACCAUUGUGACCACUGCUGGCAUUUCUGCUGCUAUCAGUACUACUGCUCCUACUACCAUUACUAGCAACUCCACUCCUGCUGUUGUUACUAGUACGACGACUACUGCGACAACAAUAUAUGAUGUGCUUAGAUCUGUUGGAUUAGAAAGAAAGGUUACUCAAUCAGAUUUCACUAGUUCAACCGGUGCAAAUCUAAAAUUAGUAAUUAGUAGGAUUAACGAAAAAUCUAAAAGUAAGAUAAAAUCUAAAAAGUUAUCCAAGUCGACUGAUGAAAAUUAUCCAGGGAAUAAAUCAAAUAAUCAAUAUGUCCAUCCAUCACCGUAUAUUGAAGAUAUUUCUGAUGGUGAUUCUUCCUCUUCUUCUUCUGAUAAUGAUGAACUUGAAAGUGUUAGUAAAUCGUCACGUUCACGAUUGCGUAGUUCAGCUCGAAAUUCAACUAAUUCAUCUACUACUAGUUCACAUAAGAAACGUGAACAUCCCAUUAAACAGUCUACUGCAACUAUGUCUGAUAUUAGUUCAGCUAGUUCGAAUAUAGACAGUGAGCAUGAAGAUAAUAACAAUAAUAAUCUGACUUCUGAAUAUUUACACAAUGAAAUUAUUGACAGUAGUUCAGAAAGUGUUUACGGUACUAACGAUGCACUUCCACGGCUAACACGUAGUCAACAUAGACAAUUAUUAGGUGAUACACCACCGGGUUCAACUUUACAAACUGCCGCCCCUACACCAUCGAAUCGUAGUGCUUCAACAACUCAUGCUAGUAAAUCUUCUAAGCAUAAAUCAACCCAACUCAAAGAGCAAUCUGACGAGAUUGAAAAUGCCAGUGAAGUGUCACCAUCAAUUACCACCACAGAAAUGGAAGACUUACCCAUAUUAUCUCAAAUGCAACAACCUCAGGUUGAUUUGUCUGAUAGUGAAGUGAUAGGCAAGCUUGACGCGAUGCCUACUCAGAAGAAUGUGAAUGAUGAAAAUGAUACUGAAUCUGUUAGUGAGAAUUGUGAAUGUAUUGAUUUGGAAAAAAUGGACAUAUCUCUAAAAGAAGAAUCCGUUGAAAGCCCUACGAAUCAUAGUAUUCCAAAUCUGUCUCCCAAAGUUCUCUAUGAUGACACAGAAGACAUUGAUGUUGGGAUAAAUCAAUAUCAAAGCGAAAGCAUAAUCUCUGAACCCACAAUCGUACUUGAUAAACAAGUGGAAGUAUUAAGGGAAGAGGAAGAUGUUGAAAAGAUAUUAGGUGAUAAUGAUACUGAAGAUGAUCGAAGUUCUGUCGAAACUAUGAGCACAGAUCCCAUGGAUGGAAUGUUAUACGAUCUAACUAUGUCUUCGGUAAAAUCUCAUCAAGAGCUGUCAAGCAACGAAGAUGAAGAAUUAGGAGAAGUGCCCCAUUCUGUACAUUCAUCUGAUCAACCUGUCGAUAUAAUUGCAACAGUAGAUACCGUGCCUGAUAAAGAAACUCAACCAAUUAAUGAAGUUGUUGAAGUUAAGGAGACUAAUGAAACUGUUGAGAAUAAACCAACCAUAGAGCCUGUUACUGAUGAACAAAGAGAUAAAAUUACUGAAAUAGAACAAAUAAAUAUACCGAAAUCUCGCAGUCGAGUCAGACGAUCCAGCAGUAACAGCAAUUCAACUGAUACUACCAGUAGAAGAGGAAAGAGGCGAAAUCGUUCAAGCUCUCAUCGUGUUAUGAUCUCUGAGAACUCAUCAGCUCUCAAUACCAAUUCACCCCAUUAUCCUCCUAUAUCUCCACACCCAGCAAGUGGAACAAUUGUCUCAGCUCCGGUACCUAGUGGUUCUAAAGCAGCUACAAGUCAGUCAAAUAAUCGUCCAACACUUGGCCUUAGACGAUUUGGUGGACCAUUCCUUCCGGUUCCAGGCCUUAAUGAUCUCUCUUCUGAUAUGAAAUGCCACGUUUUACAAGAACGUAUGCGUCAAAUAUUGGGAGCUUGGCGUCAAGCUAAACAAUGUCUAAAAGAUUUAGACCAUCGAUGUAGUCGUUCACGUCGGUUAAAAGCUCGAAAGCCAACAAAACUCUCGAUAAGUGGUCAGUGGAACUCAAACUAG